AUGCAGCCACGCAACAUGGACUACCUCGAGGAUGGGCCAAGCGCCAACCACAGCGCGGCCGCCUCGCAAAACGCGAUUUCACGACCUUUCACACUGCAAGAAUCUUUGCCGUACUCACCCCAAACCUCCACUGUGCCGUUUGUUCCUGAAAUCAUCCCCGAUCCCAACAUAGGCUUUGGCUCGCCAGCUCCAUCCAUAUCCGAUAUAUUCCCCCACAGCGAUUUCGACCGACUCAACAGAGAAGCUCUCGGGCAGGCUCACCUACCAAGAAACACAAAGCAGGCCGUUGACCUUGUGCUGCACGAAAUAAAGCCAUCCCAAAGAACGCACUACAACUUCAAGUCCGUGUUGACAGGGCAGGCAACUUCACGGCCCGGAAGUCUUUCACAAGGACUAUCUCCCAUUACACGAGCCGUUUACGAAAAAGUCGGAGGCUACUUCAAGGCUACCAAGCCCAAUGUUGUGAACCCUCAUGCUGUUAGCGUGAACGGCAACAAGAGCCGAACCGUCUCGAAGGAUAUGGCUAUACAGCCCGGCAGUAUUGAGAAUCACGCAGCUCGUAUAGAUAAUUACGAGGCACCGAAGCCUCAGUCAAGGAUAGAAGUGGUCAUCCCGUCAAGACGAGGGGGCUUUGAUCCCUCAGCUUAUGUUGACGCUUCUCAGCCUCAAGUUGAGCUCGAGACUCCGGUGUUGCAGGCGCCGUCAGCGUUGCCUGCCAGCCCGGACGGUAAUUUAACUGCCGUUUCUGCAUCCUCUGAUGUAAACUUCAACUACAAUCCUGCCUCGUUUCGAGUUGAGCUUCCUUUGUCUCAUAUCAAGAGGGACGAGUACCUAGAAGUUGCCCAUAUACCGUCCGCCCCUGAGAACCUUUCUUCCCGUAAGAAAGAGAGGUAUAUGGCCCUAGGGGACCAGGGCCUCGUUAGCAGCGGCGGUCUUGACCAACAGCAGCGAGCUGAAGCCGCUCUAGAGUCUCUCGACUCGCUUAUGCGCAACGUCUUCUCGGCGGUUGGUCGAGCUUUGGGGAUGGACUCCGGAUAUGAUCACGUCGUGACGCUGACGCCCGAGAAUGAGGUCGUCUUGAAUGGCGCGACGCAGCAGAAGAUGCAAGGCGCUAUCCAGAAGGCUAUCGCACUUAAGUGCUUCGGUAGAGUUCCGGUGGAGGGCCUUCUCCAGAUCAUGAAACUCAGCGACGGUAGCCUGAAGCAGGUCGAUGGCAUGGAUAUCCGUGCUGAUGAAAGCUGGGAUGAAGCUGCCUUUGAUUCGUGGGUUCAGCAGCUGGCAGAAGUUGAAGUAGGAAUGAAAGCUGCGCGUACCUGUUUGCGAAUCUUGUCUGGAGGCCGAGAAGACAAACGACUCUACUCGGAAAGCAUCAUCAACAGAUGCGUCAACAUCUUCAAGACUGUCACCGAAGACAUAAUAAUCCCCCUCGUUGAGCUUCGAAACUCAACAUCUGCCAACUUAUUCCGAAUGGUACUAAAGCAUAAAAAGGCGGUGUCGUCUACUUUUCUCAACUGCCAGAAGUUGUUCGCCACACUUGCUGAGCUGGUGACGAAAGUAGAGCUCUCGGAAAGCGUCUUCAACACUCUAGAGUUUACCGCGUCCAAGCUUAUCUUUGUCGAAAACGCCUAUUUUGAGAAAGACUCAGCCGUCGGAGUCCAGCGGUUUGAUGGAAUUCGCAGUGUUGCUAUGGACAUGCUCUGCCAAAUAUUUCUUAUCAAACCUGAGCAGCGACAGGGCAUCAUUGACGAUAUCCUCACCUCUCUAGAGAAGCUUCCCGUGGGAAAACAGAGCGCACGCCAUUUUAAGCUUUCCGAAGGUGGAAGCAUUCAACCGGUGUCGGCACUUCUCAUGCGACUGGUCCAGGCUAGUUCUGGGAGGGUAGAAGAGAACGAGGGUGGUCGUACUGCAGUGCUUAAAGCUCUCGGCAAUGGCAAUAAUGAGAUGGACGAGGAUAACGAGAAACAAGGCGCACAGCAGCACGCCGUUGCCAUUCAAGAGCUGGAGGCAGCAGCUGCCCCUCUCAGUGAAGGUGCCGGACGGAAUGCUUCGUACAUUAUCAACUUUAUUGUGAAGCGCGCUAUUGGGUCGACGAAGUCGGGUGACACACCAUAUCGCAACCUUUUGGAUCUCUUCGUCGAAGACUUCACGACAUGUCUCGAUUCCCCGGACUGGCCAUCAGCCGAGCUGCUAUUGCGCCUCCUCAUGCUCAUGAUGGUGCAGUUGUUCGAGGCUCCCAAGACACCCGCUCCCGCCAAGAACAUGGCUCUUGAGCUCCUCGGUACCAUGAGUGCGGCCAUAUCUCGCCUGCGAUCUCACGUUAAAAAGACUGCCAACACAUUCGAAACCACUGACGUCGACGAUCUGUCGCGGUAUUUGGCAGCGCUGGCUUGCCACGUCCUUGAACAGAAGAGCUCAAUCGAGCAGAUUGUGGCCUGGGAUGGACCUUACCGUGCCUCGCUUGAGUUCCUGCAGGCUCGUCUAUCAGAUGACCCAUAUCUAUUCAGCGCUGUGUCGUUCCUUAUAACCGACUGGGCUACUCGGGUGCAUGCGGGCUAUGAUGCAAUCCAGGACAGCGAAGAUGAGAGAGACUGGGAACUUGGACGUCUUGCUUACAGAUUGCGGAUGAUGAUUCAAGACCGCCGAUGGCUCUCCAACGAAUACACCUUCAAAGCUGUGAGCCCUGCUCAAGCCAAGCUUUCUUACUCCAUUAUUUUGCUGCGUUCUCCGCUCUUUGAGUCCUUUGGCAAGAUUCUGAACAUUCUCCUUGGUUCAAUGGCUGGUGAUCAAGCAACAGUCCGCAGCAAGAGCUUGAAAAGUAUCAACCAGGUUCUCGAGACGGAUCCAUCCAUUCUGGAUGGGGAUUCCACAGUGAUCCAACUUAUUCUAGAUUGUUCGAGCGACUCCUCUACGCAAGUGAGAGACUCUGCCCUUGGCCUUUUGGGAAGCUGUAUCACGUUGAGGCCGGCUCUAGAAUCUCCGUUGACACCCAAGAUCAUCGACCGCUUCCAAGACGCCGGUGUUGGUGUUAGGAAGCGAGCCAUGAAGCUUGCCCGCGACAUCUAUCUCCGCAACCACGACAGUGCACUUCGCAGUUCUAUAGCUAAUGGCCUUCUCCGACGUGUACAAGAUCCUGACGAAGGUGUUCGCGACCUUGCCCGCCAGAUGAUUGAAGAAGUCUGGUUUGCUCCUUUCUACGGCCGCGACAACUCGGCCGCAUUCCAAACCUCUUUGACCGAACAUGUGGCCCUGAUCAUCCAGACGGUCAAGUCAGGAAACGUGACGGAGAUUCUAGACAAGGUGUUUCAGUCCAUUCUUCGGCCGAAAGACAAGUCGCUGGAAGGUCCAUUUGCUGUUUGCUCCCACCUGGUGAGCAGCAUGUUUGGCCUCAUCGAUAGCGGAGAUUCGGAGGAAGGAGGACCGACCGGCCGUGAUGCCUUGCAAGUGCUCACAAUCUUUGCCAAGGCCGACCCCAAGCUAUUCAGUCUGGAGCAGAUUAGACUUCUGAAACCUCAUCUCGCAAGUUUCAGUGGCACCGACGAAUUGGCAGCGUUUCGAGCCGUGACGGUCAUCUACAAACGCGUACUUCCCCAGUUGCCCACAGUGCACUCUGAAUUUUUGACCGAAAUUCGCCUCCAGCUAUUGAAAGGCAUUGGAAAAAUUUCCUCUCGUGGAGCCUUGGAUGACUUGAUCGCAUGUACCAAAGUAGUCUGCGAUUUGCUCAAAGACUUUGGACCAUUGGGCAAUCUAGUCGCAUCCGGUCUGCUGGGUAUUCAGAAACUAGGAGCUGGGGGUGCUGCCCUGGAUAGCAAGAGGAUCAACCAUCUGGCUGCUUACUCUAUCAUUGUUGGCAGCGUUGGGAAGCAUUGCGACCUGGAUCAGCAGAUGCAAAUAUUCAAGGCUCGCUUUCCCAAAUGGCAGGGCGACUCGGUUCCUCGGCUCAUUGUGGAUGUGCUAUCGCCAUUCUCCUCACCUUCCCAGCCGUUGGAGGCACGAAAGGCAUCUCUCGAAGCGAUUGGCCUGGUUUGCCAGUCCUGGCCGCGAAAUUACGUGUUGGCCAAGGUUUACACAGCGUUCCAGCAGGUUUUCCAAGAGGAGGUUCCUAUUCUGGAAACAAUGAUUCUCAAGUCAUUCAAAGAAUUCCUCCUCACGGAAGAAAGGCGAUCCGAAGCUGCCGCCGAGUCUGGGGCGACGGAGAAAAAGAGAGAGUUGACGGUGAUGGGCGGCACUAACUUUGACGACGUUGCCAGUGCUACUACUCAAAGGUUCCUCAAAGACAUUACGCGAAUCUCCUUGGGAAGCCUAGAUGAACUCGCCUUUUUAGCUAUGGAAGUCCUGGGCAGCAUCAACCGUCAAGGUCUGACGCACCCCAAGGAGACGGGAGUGACACUGAUGACGCUAGAGACAUCGUCAAACCGAAAGAUUGCGGAACUCGCUUUUAUGGAGCAUCGAUCACUUCAUGAGAAGCACGAGACAGUGCUUGAAAGAGAAUACGUCAAGGCAAUCCAAUCGGCUUAUAACUACCAGCGAGACAUUGUCAAAGACUCCCACGGGGCGAUUCCUGAGUUGUUCCAACCCAAGCUGCAUCUUAUGAUGGAAGUGUUGAAGAUUAGCAAAAUGAAGAACAGGCAGCGCUUCUUGGAGAAGCUGUGUGGACUGGUCAACUUUGACAUUGCCCAGCUGGACGCGAGUGAAGAGAUGCCGCCACACCUCGACUUUUCCCGGUUCGUCAUCGAGAACAUGGCCUUUUUCGAGUAUCAAACGGUUGGAGAGCUUCAGACAAUUGUGAACAUGAUGGAGAAGAUUGUGAGUACAACAGGCGCAGCAGUUGCCCACCUAAUUGAGUCGGAAGUAUUCGACCUCAUGGGCGAGACGGUUGAAGCGCAGGCGACUGCGGAGGGGGAAUCCCUCGUCGGCCUCAAAGUAGACCCCAAUCGACUUCGCCAGUUGACUACCGGGGCCAUUAUUCUUUCUUGCCUGUGGGAAGCCCGCACACAUCUCCGGCGCCUGUAUGGAAUGGGAACAAGCCGACACGACGGCAAAGCCAAGGCUUUGGCCAAGGACCUCAACAAGAUGCCGAUGAAAGUACAGGGAGUUCACGGAGAGCGAUUCUGGGACGAGGUGACGGCGCAUGUGAGCAGCCUGGAGACGAUCAGCAAAAUGGCACAGAAGUGUAAGGCGUUUGUGGAGCUGAUGAACGUCGACAAGGAGCUCAAGGUGCAAGACGACGACGACGAGGAGAUGGCAUUGGAGGGGCCGAGUACGCCUAGCGAAGGCGAAGAAGAGAGCACAACACCGGAACGGGGUCGCAAGAGGAAAGGCGUAGGCACUCCCGGAGGCCGCAAAAAGCGAGCUCGCUCAGGAUCUCAGCCACGCAAACGGGGUCGUCCACGUAAAGGAGCGGAGUCACGCGAUGAAGACGAAGAUAUGGAAUGGAUCUAG